CCGUGCCUCAGGGUGUGCUGCUUCUGCCCCUGCCUGUCCCUCCUCUCCCGCCGCCAGUGGGGCCCGGGCUGAGGCGGUAGCUCCGGCCAUGGUGCGGGGCGGGGCGGCGGUGUUGCGGAAGUAUGGCAACUUCGUCGAUGAUUUACGGCUCUAUGUGAGAGGAGGAAGUGGUGGCAUGGGUUAUCCUCGCCUGGGUGGGGAAGGAGGAAGAGGUGGCGAUGUCUGGUUCGUUGCCCAGGAAAGAAUUACCUUAAAGAGCAUUAGGGAGAAAUACCCUCUGAAGCGAUUUGUAGCUGGAACAGGAGCCAACAGCAGUGUUAAAGCACUAAAAGGUGAAAAAGGAAAAGACUGUGAAGUUCGUGUGCCUCUGGGAAUUUCAGUUCUCUGUGAUGAUGGCAAGCAGAUUGGAGAGCUUAAUGCAGCAGGAGAGAGAUUCUUGGCAGCACGUGGAGGUCUUGGAGGCUGUUUGGCUACAAACUUUGUGCCUUGCAAAGGUCAGAGGCGAACUGUUCGUCUUGAUUUGAAACUUAUAGCAGAUGUUGGCUUAGUUGGGUUUCCAAAUGCGGGAAAAUCAUCCUUGUUAAGUAAGGUUUCUCAUGCCAAACCUGAGAUUGCAAAUUAUGCAUUUACAACAGUACAGCCUCAACUAGGUAAGAUCAUGUAUGCGGAUUAUAAGCAGAUCUUGGUAGCUGAUCUCCCAGGACUGAUUGAAGGUGCACACGCAAACAGAGGGAUGGGCCACAAAUUUCUCAAACAUGUAGAAAGAACCAAACAGCUUCUCUUAGUUGUUGAUAUUUCUGGGUUUCAACUGUCUGUUAAGACUCAGUUCAGAACAGCCUUUGAAGCUAUACUGCUUCUAACAAAGGAGCUGGAACUGUACAAAGAGGAACUGCUAACAAAGCCUGCACUUCUUGCCAUUAAUAAGAUGGAUUUGCCUUGUGCAAAGGGUAACUUGAACGAACUUAUGAAACAACUACAGAAUCCUCAAGACUACUUACACUUAGUAGAAGAAGAAAUGAUUCCCGCAAAUACACUUGAAUUCAAAGAUAUAAUUCCUAUAUCUGCACAAACUGGAGAAGGAAUUGAGGAAUUGAAAGCGAGUAUAAGAAAGUCCAUAGCUGAGGAAGCAGAGCAGGAGAAUGAAGAAUAUCGGAAAAAGAAACUACUACUUUUACAUGCUUCAGAAGAACAGAUGAAUAGAAGAUAGUAUUCGUGGCUGGAUACAACACAUUUUAGUAUUUUCCGUAUAUGUAUGAACCCAUUUAAUUUUUGUUCCCUUUGCCACCACUGCCCACUUCUCUGCUCCCUCCCCCCCGUUGGUUCAGUGUCUUUUGGCACUUGGAUAGAGCACAGUGGGGAAAAAAACGGGGUUUUGUGAUUUACCUUGACUACCGACUCAACAGAGUAAAGAUCAAAGUAUGUGCAACUCAAAAGUAUUGCUUUAACAACUGGUGAUCUCUGGAGUAUUUUUUGCCAAAUGAGAUGAAUGGAAGGAAUAUAACUCACAGAGGUAGCAAAGGACCAAGUUCAACUACUCCAUGUUUUGGAAACACCAGGGGCAGUUUCUCAUGGAGCAGGUUUCCAGGUUGCAGUACUUCUAAUGUGAACCAGUUCUGCUACUUCAACAGGCAUCAGAUUGUGGGGGGGUUUGUUAUUUCUAAAGAUUGAAAGGAAACAAAAAAAUGGCAGCAAGGAAGUGACUUGUACGAACACAAAAAAGCAAAGCUGAUGUGUAAUGUUGGGGUUUUAUUCCACAGCUGCCAGUGUCUGCUGUAAUACUCCUGAGGAUAUAAAUCCUGAUUCCAAAUUCCCGCUCUUUCAUUUGGGAUUUCUUCCUUUUAUGGAGUUGUGGGUACACGUUACUUUUUAGUGAAGGAAAGGAUAACUGCUUUUCAACAGUUGGGGAAUAGUGUAUGUUCCAGCUUUUGUGUAACAAGCAGGCAUGCAUUUUAUUUUUGGAAAAAAAAUAAAAAAGAAACCAAACAA